AUGAAGAGUUCCUGCAGAGCUGGCCUCCACAGGGAACCGCUGAAUUCCACAUCCUCCACCUUCCAUCAAGUCAAACGGGUUUCUGGUAUGCACUUAAAGCCAUAUCUCAAGUUACAGAAGAAAGAGCGAUAUCCAGAAAUAAGUCAGGAUUCCCUGAGAGGCCAACCUAUGAGCCGUCAGAGAUCAGCACAAGAAGAAAAAUACACCAACAACUGCACCAAACUGAGUGUUUUCCCAAAACCCUCCCUCAUCACUCCACCUCGAAAGCUUCUGGGGAUAAUUUAUCCAAAUACUAUGUGCAAUAUGAAUGGGAAAGGUCCAGCAGAUGGUCCAAGUGCAAGGGGGGAGAAGAAGAACGCCCUGUCUGCAACGAUUCAUCAGGGAGAAGAAGGAGAAGGGCCUCUGGAUGUCUGGGCUGUCGUGAAACCUGGCAAUACAAAGGAGAAAAUCGCCUUCUUUGCAGCCCAGCAAUGCAGCAGCAGCAACCGGCUAGGCUCUAUGAAAAUUAAAAGCACAUGGGAUAUCGAUGGAAGAACAGCUAAACGCAGGAAAAAAUCGGUAGAUCUUAAAAAAGCCAAAAUUCAACUGGAAAGAAUGAGGGAGGCCAAUGCCAGGUGCUCCCAACCGGAGCCUUUUGCCUGUGGCAUCGAGCACUGUUCGGUGCAUUAUGUGAACGACAACGGUGAGGGUGUGUUCCCAGGCCGGUCCCUCUCGGUGAUCGAGAUGGUGGCCUUCCUGGAGCAACGAGCAAGUGCUUUACUGGUAGACUGUGCGAAAACCUGCACUCCCGCUUCUGCUACAAGGCUGAGCGCUCAGCCUAAAGGUGCGCUUCCCAGCUCAGACCUUUUUUCCUCUGCCGGGGCAUGUGAGGUACAUGUGGAGAGGGGACCUUGCAGCAGCAACGAGCAGCAGCAGAGCGAGCCCGUGCGGGUGCUGGACAUGGUGGCCAAGCUGGAGUCGGAGUGCCUGCGGCGCCAGAGCGAGCGGGAAGCUGGGAGCCUCUCGCGGAACAACAGCUUCCGUAGAAACGUCGGGAGGGUGCUUCUGGCGAACGGCACCCAGCCCGAGGGAGAGGUGGGGAAGGUCUCCUUGGGGGUCCUGCCUCCUGGGGAUGGUUUGGAGGAGGCAGGGGUGGCGGAGGCUGGAUACGGAGGACGGUGCAGUCCUUUGGGUGACACUGAGUUGUGGGAUGGUGCUGCCUCUGCUCGGCAGGCUUUUCCUUCUGGGCUGGAUACUGGAGUGGGGAAUGUGAAUUCGGGACUUGCUCAUGCAGUGUUGGCAAUAACCGCUGGCAGAAGCGAUUCUGAAACGCGAAUUGAGCCUCCCAGACCUCUGCCAUCUGCGUGUCCAGCCGCUGCCAGGUUGCCACCAGAUUCCUUGCAGAGCAAGAAUGCGACUGUUGAUUGUAUGUCGAAAGAGCCUGUGAUUUUCCCAAAGCAGAGUCUGCAUCCUGCUAGGAAGGAGCCCUUAUGCAUCAGUAUAUCGGUCACCAAGACCGAGAAAGGAUGCAGGAAAGAGAAGCUCUCAAACUCCAGUUCCAGUGAAGAUCCCCUUCCAGGGAGGCUGUUUUUCCUCCAGGCUGACCAGCCUGCCGCUCACGAGCAACAGCCACUGCGGGAAAGCACCCAAGAAAAGCCAGGAGAGGUAGCCGAAAAUGAGGAUGAGGAUGCUUUGGCAUCCGACAGAUCGUGCGUGGGAAACGGUGUCCCUACAGAGCCAUCCGUCCUUUCUGUUCCUCCGACAGAAGGGACUUUGCAAGUACUUGAUGCUUCCUGCUUAAAAAGGCAGGUUUCGCAUGACUUUCUGGAGACCAGGUUUAAAAUUCAGCAGCUUUUGGAGCCCCAGCAGUAUAUGGCCUUCUUGCCUCACCACAUCAUAGUGAAGAUCUUUGGAUUGCUUCCUACUAGGAGUCUAGUUGCCCUAAAAUGCACUUGCUACUACUUCAAAUUCAUCAUCGAAUACUACAACAUCAGGCCAGCAGACUCCCGCUGGGUCCGCGAUCCCCGCUACAGAGAAGACCCUUGCAAGCAGUGCAAGAAGAAAUACGUGAAAGGGGACGUAUCGCUGUGCCGGUGGCAUCCCAAACCAUACUGUCAAGCUUUACCCUACGGGCCUGGGUACUGGAUGUGCUGUCACCGGUCCCAGAAGGGCAUCCCGGGCUGUAAGUUAGGUCUGCAUGACAAUCAUUGGGUUCCUGCCUGCCACAGCUUUAACCGUGCUAUUCAUAAGAAAAGCAGAGGAGCGGGAGCCGACGUGGAAGAGGAAUAUUAGUGCACAUACACUUUCCUG